UCAUCCACAGGUGAAACACAGAGGAAAGGGAUUUUCCUGGAGAAAGAUUAAUUCUUUAGCGUGCAUGGCUGACAGUCAAAAUAAUUUUUCUGAGGAUUCAAGAUGUUUACCUCUGCACAGGACCGAAGAUCACAAGUAUACAGAUCAUUCACAUCCCACAGGAAAGAUACAGAUCACAGGUGACACUUUCCAAUUCGAGCUGGAUGUGAGUGAAUUUUCUCCAGAAGACAUUAUUCUCAUAUCCUCCAACAACCUAUUAGAGGUUUGUGCCGAAAAGCUGAGUGAAGAUGGUACAAUAACAAAUGCAUUUUCACACCAGUGCAAGCUGCCGUCCGAUGUGGACCCUUCAUCUGUGAGCCUGUCAUUGGAGAGCAACGGUGUCCUGACUGUGAGAGCUCACAAGAUGUAA